AUGGAACUUGCACAGAGAAAUAUUACCAUGCCAUGUGAUGAUAGUAAUAAAGCUUUUUUAAAAAUUAUAAAAAUACAUGAAAAAUCAAAAGAGAUGAAAUCAUUGUGUGAGGACCUAGAUCUGUAUAAAGAACUUGUCCAGGAGAGCAAAAAUGGGAUGGAAAAAGGUGUGCAGUCAAAAGACACAGGGGCGAAGAAGAAGGAUGAGGAACAGAAAAAUAAAAUCGAACUUAUGAACGACGAACUUGAGGAGAAGGAGGAGGAUAAUAACGAUGAUAACUAUGACGAUGAUGAUGAUGAUAUAAAAGAGCUCAAACGCAACCUGUGGAAUGUGCAGGGUACCCUAGUGCAGCAGAUUGUCGAGUUUUACAAAUCCUUUGUCAAUGAUAACCAUCACCUGGACACGGAUGAAGUGAAGAUGGAGAUAACCCCGGGGGUAGGGGGGCAAGAAGCCCUGCUAUUCAGUAAGAAAUUAUUUACCAUGUACGAAAAUUUUUGUAAAAAAAAAAAUUAUGAAUAUGAGGUGAAAAACCGAAUAACAGACGACAUGACCAAGGGUGGUAAUAAAAACAUUGUUGUACAUAUUCGAGGAAAAGAUGUGUAUGAAAAUUUUGCUCAAGAAAUAGGUAUACACAGAGUUCAACGAGUACCAAUAAACAGCAAAAAGAUACAAACGUCCACAUCCAUAGUAUUAAUAUUUGAUGAAAAAAGAAUAAAAGAUAAGCUACAAAAAAAAAUUAAUUUUUCAAAAACAGAUCUCCUUAUUGAAACAAAAAGAUCAGGAGGAGCAGGUGGACAAAGUGUAAAUAAAAACGAAACGUGUGUUAAAAUUGUUCACAAACCCACAAACAUAACUGUUGAAGUACAGAAAACUAGUAGUCAGAUACAAAAUAAAAGUAUUGCCAUUGAGCUUUUGAGGAGUAAACUAUAUAAUUUUUAUUAUGAACAAGAGAAAAUAAUUUAUUUAAAGGAUAAAAAAAAUCAAAAAUUGAGUGGAAAUAGAAGUGAAAAAAUAAGGACAUAUAACUUUAUACAUGAUGUUGUUAUAGAUCAUGUAGCAAAUGUUCAAUAUUCCGACAUACAUAAAUUUUUUAAAGGUGAUCAUUUAAUUCAGUUAAUUAAUAAAAAAAAGAAAAUUUUUUACCAAAAUAUUGUUGACGAGACCUUAAUGUAUAUUCUCUCCCGUGCGGGGAAGUAA